AGAGAACCCACUCGGAGCUUUCCACCACACCGGGGUCCCUUCCCACCUCCCGGUCUGGUAAAAUACAUGGCUAACACUGUUUAAUAGCCACGAAAAGGCGCGGUUUAAGGCCUUUUCAGACCUCGGCUUCCGUCAAGCGAUGCCAUCACUGCUUUCAAACAUCAAACUGUAGCUGUCUCGAUUGCGUCGUAGUAUUGCCAGACUCCUACCUCUCCUUUGCAUUCUAUUGAACACAAUGGCGCAGCAAGCCCAGACAUCGAAUGAUGUCGCAGACCCUCUCAUGCUGAAGCUUCCCCACCCGUACCUGACAGCCUACACCGUCAAACCUGUGGCACAGCAGGGCCAGGCUGUCAGCAACCAAAUCGCGCUCUCUAGGGCAGACAGCAGCAGCGAAGGAAUCUCACCACCCAGUCAACUGGAUAACGCAUCCAUCUCAUUCAGCGACAUUGCAUUCUUGCCUCAGGAUGUAGCACCUCCCAAGGGUGAUAACAGCUCCUGGGCACGAGCACGCAGAUCCCCUUACCUAACGGUCUCUUGGACCGGGGAACGACCCAGUGUGCCACAGCUGUGGCUUGUCGCGUAUGCGCUGGUCUCACUGAACCCGCUUGUUGAGAGCCUUCGCGUGCUCUUUACUGGCAGAGAUUCGCAGUCACUCGUUCAAGAACUCUACUCUACGGGCUUGUUCCAUCCACACCCAAAGCCUUCUGAUGCAUCUGCACCACAGGAUGGCCAUCUUCUCCUGCGCGGCGCUUUCUGGCAAGGUGCUGCGUCACCAUUUGGUCCUCGUCCCGUCUGGGCACCACGGUUAGACGCAUCCGGGAAGCCAGCCAUUCAGAACUACCCAGCUUUCCCGCAUCAGACUGCACCAUCUACACAGUUCCCAGCCCUACCGCGGCACACGAUGCAUCCUGUAAGAGAACCAAAGCCAGAGCCUGGUUCUGUCAUUUACAGCAGAUGGAUACCUCAUCUGAAGGAGCACUUCACCAUGAUGGCUGUUGACUACACCAACCCUGAGCAUCUUGCUUUGUUUAACAAGUGGCAAAAUGACCCACGUGUUGCUGCCGGCUGGAACGAGACCGGCACAUUGGAUCAACACCGGGAGUACUUGCGGAAGCUGCAUGAAGAUCCCCACGUCCUGACCAUGUUCGCGGCAUUUGACGACGUGCUCUUCGCUUAUUUUGAAGUGUACUGGGCUAUGGAAGAUCACAUGGGUGCCCACUACCGAUCGGAUCUUUACGACCGUGGGAGACACUCACUCGUCGGCGACAUCCGGUUUAGAGGCCCGUACCGAGUGUCUGCAUGGUGGUCUGGACUAAUGCACUACAUGUUCCUUGAUGAGCCGCGCACAUGGAACCUCGUCGGCGAGCCAGCGGCUACUAGCAGCACUGUGUUGGCGUAUGAUUUCGCUCACGGUUUCCAUGUUGAGAAGCUCAUGGACCUGCCACACAAGCGAAGUGCGCUCAUGAUGGUAAACAGAGAGAAAUUCUUCACGCUGAGUCCGUUUGUAUGGGACGGUGAGAAGAAGGUCCGACCAAGCUUGGAUGCGUUGGCUAAACUGUAGACGUUGUCUGAUUAUAAUUUUAAUAGCAUUUCAGCAUUGAAUCACACAUGAAUUUAUG